AUGAAUGCUACCUAUCGAUCCCCCAACUCGCCUGAGCGUCAGCGAGUACCUCCUGCCCCUCGAUACCCCCGACCUCCGUCUGAUGACGAAGAGGACGACUCCGAUGAAGAGGAAUUGGUUCGCCCCGGAUCCUCCGGUAGUGACGCCUCUUCAAAUGUGACCACCGUUUCCGCCGCUCCUAUCACUCCGAUCAAUACUCAACUUCCCUCUGGGAGUUACUUCCCUCCACAACCACGCUCGGCCACUUCACCUCAUCAACCUAUGCCGAACCCAACAGGGCGAAAGCCCUCUGGCCGGGGACCCUCCAUCGAGCUACCCCGGCACCGAUCACGGCAUCAUUCACAAGGCUUCUUUGAGCCAUCCCUGCCAACCACCUCCUCCGACCAGACCCCUACCGUGUCAGCCUCCCGUAUCGCCGCCCAGGCAGCAAUGCAGCAGAUGAAAAGGCAACAAAAUGUUACGACCCCGAUAGAGGAUGGUUCCCGUCCUAGGCGCAGUGGAAGUGACUCACCUCCCCUUAUGCCUCCCCCAUUGCGGGUCAAUCAGCCCUCCCCCCAGCCGCCUCUACCAUCGGGGAACGUGGCUACGACAGCUGCGAAUGUGGUCUUCCCGCGAUCUGGUGCUACACCGAUAGAACUCCAGCCCGAGAAACAGAAGAAAAAGAAGCUAUUCUCAAAGCCAAAGCACAUUGGAAUCAGCAGUCAUAAAGAUCUGGGCAAAGACCGUGCUCUUCCCUCCCCGAGCAAGAUUAGUGGGUUAUCGCGCAUGGUCAGCGGCUCGGCUACAAACUUGACCGACUUAUCCUCGAACAACUCGUCGAUGUACAAUCUGUCAAAUGCCUCGGUGAGCACGGUUGUCCCCGCAGAUCGUCCGCCGCUUCCAGAGAAGGAAAAGGAUAAGGAUAAGGACAAGCACAAGCAUCAUUUCCUGUCGAGGCAGAAACUCAAAUUAAAAGACCGUGUCGAUGACCACUUCAAUCUCCCCCUAUCAUCGGCCUCCAGUAAUUCUCGUCCGGCAGACCCCAAUGCCCCACAAUCUUUAUACUCAUUCACACCUGCGUCUCCGGCUCCUGGAGCGACAUUUGGCAAGUCGGUCAGUGGGUUGGAUCUUCUGCAUGGCGGUCGAGCACUACGUGAGAAGAAAAAGGAGGAGAAGGCGCUCGCCGAGUCGGAGCAGUUGGAAUGGCUGGCUAACAAUGCCGGCGCACCCACGACACCUGGUGGCUUCCCAGGCCCGUCUUCGGUUGGUUCGGGGACAUUCCCCGAGUCUAUUCUUCGGGAGACCUUACAAGGGUUUGGGUUGAAUAAUAUGACCCCAGAGGAUGCGUGGGACUUCCUUAAAGCGAAGCUGCUAGUCAUCUUCGACGGUGAAGACGUGCGCAUUGCCAUUGAAGAUCUCAACAAGCUGGUGCUGGUUCACCUGCAGCGUUGUGUCCUCAAGAGGACCCCUGCAUCUAUUGUAAUAGAUCUGCAAGAACUUCUACACACUGGAUUUGCGACUUUGAACCACAGUUCACUGGCUGGCCUCCCAGACGAAAAGCUAGUCCCGCAUCUGGUUCAAGUGUGGCUGCUGGUGUUUGGCACGAUUCUGCCCUUCAUCCAGGCUGUCUUUCUCCCCUUGGAUCUUGAGUUCAAGGGCUGUGGAUCGUUGAUGACUAGCCGAGAAGCCGGUGAAUUCUGGGGUGUUCUUCCUGUUGGUGCAACCCUCGACGUGCGAAGUCUAGUCUUGAUUGCCUUCCGUGACUGCAUCAUCAUGAAUCGCUACGAUGCUCUCAAAGCAACCUUUUCCCGGCUCAGCCUAGACUCCAUCAACUCUGGAUUCCCAACGCUCAGCGUCACAACCAAGAGUACCGGAACUGGAGCCCGCCCGGGCACCGCAGCCUCGCUCGAUGCUGGAUUAGGCAGCUUCAACUCACAGUCAUCCACGCUUCUCAGCACCAUCGCCGACAGUUACUCCUCUGAUGGCAUAAGUGCCCUGGCUAACCACCCACGUCCAUCAAGCAGUGACUCUCGCAGCCGUGCUGCCUCGAACACAUCUUCCAACGCAGACCCCUUCUUCCAGUCCAUCGCAUCUCCCUCAACCACCAACAACCGGCCCACGAUUAUCCACCGUGGCACAUCCACUGACUCCUCUCACAUCAUCACAGAGACCGUCGGUCGCAUGCUGCAAUGCAUCAGCGUUCUGGCCAGCGUUCAGACAGACGACCCUGCUCAAGAGCGGAUGGAUGUUUUGAGCAAAGUUCUCAAACACAACUGGCUCGGCCGCGGCCGCACAGGCCGUGAUCGUCGCGGCUUUGUCGGCGCCAAGAUCCGGCCUGUCAUGGUCGGUGGGCCUCCUGUCAUCGAUGAUGCAGAUUCCCUCACUACGGCUGGCAUCAGUAUCGGUGCUAGUACUAGUACAGGUGGAUCCCGGGGCCGGGGUGACUCGUCCUCGUCGGAAUGGAGUUCUAAUGUUCCGGGAGCUGGCAUGAGUAUGCGUAGUGGUGGUAGACGAGAACUAAGUGUUCUCUAA